GUGAAUUUGCUUGCAAGGGGAAAAUUUGUCACAGCACUUUUCGUUUUACGAGAAACAAUAAAGCAAACAUUUCAUUCCCAAUUUAAAGCAAAAGUAGUAAGCAACUAGAAGAACACACGGCAAACAAUGCCUUCGGCUGCUACCGCAAUAACCAACCACAACAACAGCAAGGAGAAGCGAGCGUCAGUUAGCUCCAUUGGCGGCGGCGUGGGUGGUAGCGUAGGAAACAAUGGCAGUGGCAACGGCAACAGCACUAAUGGCGGUAGCACCGGACAGAAAAGUAACAGCAACACGAAUCUAACUCUCGCCUGCAGCCAAACCGAUUUGACCAACAACAACAACCAUGGCAGUGCUGGUGGUAAUGGCAGUGCCAAGGUGCCUAAAGCAACUGUCGCUGCGUCCGAGCCAUUCAAUCCGACCAACUUAAUGUUGGUCACCACUGGGCACAAGAUUCGCAACUUGGAAAAGCGCAAGGCCAAAUUGGAAUCCUAUCGCGCCAUACAAACGGGCGGCAAGGAACUGAGCGCUGAUCAGGCUGCAGCUGUGGCCAAGUACGAUGCCGUUGUUGCCACCCUGGAAUUUGCACGCGAUAUGCACAAACAAUUAUGCCAGAUGAGCAGGGAAGCCGAAAAGGAACAUAAGAAACAGGAACGCAAGGACAACCAAGCCAAAAUGUUGGCGGAGAUUGCCAAAAUACGGGAACUUCUGGUCAUGCAGAAUGUGCUUAGCUGCCUCAACGAUGAGAACGUGCGCAAUGAUUUGCUGAAUGGCGAGAAUGGUGCCGUUAAGCUGGAAAGCAACGAAAUGGACGUAUUGGAAAAGUUCUACUUGGAUGUCCAAACGCGUCGCCCUGAGUCCGCGGAUGACGUCAGCUUCAACGUAGCCGUUCAAAAGGCAGCCGAUCUCUAUAGCAUGACUAUCAAUGGCCGUGCCAAGCCAUACGGAGAACUGACAUUCGACAAGUUGCGCACUAUCUUCCAACAGAUUCAGGAUUCCGGCUACUUGGACAAGUACUACCUGAUACCCAUUUCGGAUCCAGCGGGCGGCAAUAGCACAGACAGCGGCACUGGCAGUGGCGAAGGUGAGAUUCAGCCCAACGAUGUGACCGGUGAUUUGGACACGGCGCUGUCAGAGAAUCAAUCGGCACGUAACUCUUUGGAUGAUGGUCUCGAUAAGUUGCAUUUGGGUGGAGCUGAGGCGCCAGGCAAUCAUUUUUCCGAGGGCUUGUCACCAAUACAGCCGCAGGCACGUGCUGCAGAUUCUGGUGAGUUGGAACAGCAGCAGCAGCAGCAACGUCCUGGAGAUCCUUUGGUUCUAGUAGCCGUGCGGGAGUAUCCACAGCCGCAACCUGCAGCCCGUGGUGCCAAACCCGUGCAGGUCCUCUUACCGACUAUGGUGAUGCCAAAGGAGCCGCCUAAUCAGCCACCAUUGCCACAUGUGCCACGAGCAGCUGGUGGUGGGUUCUCACCGCAGAUAGUGACCGCAACAGCACCACCGCCAAGUGGUGCGCACACACACCAGCUGCUGGGCAGCCCAGUGAAUCUUCGUGCUCCUAACUCACACUAUGUACCCAUGCCAACAACCGUGCACGCCGUAGAGCAGAAUUACUUCAAGCAGGCACCACCGCCGCCACAGCAUCUGCAGCAGCAGCAGCAACAACAACAGCAGGUGGCGCCGCCGCUGCAUCAGCUGGCCGAAGUGUUGGCCUCCGGUAGUUUCCACUUUCUGCAGGACAGUGAACUGGACGCGCCGGAGUUGAAUGCGCCGCAACAGCUGCAGCAUCCACCGCAACUGCAGCAACAACCACAGCAGCAACAGCCACAGCAGCAGCAGGUUCCGGUGGUGCAGGGAUUGGUAUUUGAAGCGGCACAGAAUCACGUGGAGGAGCCACAACCCAUACAGACUCGGACAUUCACCAAUCAGUCCUUCCCGUCCCUGCAGCAGCAACAACAGCAGCAACAGCAGUUGCCACCACCCAAGCAGCAACAACAACCGCAACAGGUGGCACCACCGCAACAACAACUUUUCUCGCCUGUGACUGGACAAGCGCUUCUAAUGCAGCACGAGCAGAGACAACAGCAACAGCAGCAGCCGAUGCUCAUCAUGACACGCCUACAGCCGCAGCCGCAGCAGCAGCAGCCACAAACGCAGCCGCCUGUCGUUUUGCCCCCUGUGCCACCUCAGAAUAUUGGGAUGCAGCCCGGCGACGUGACUGCAGUGUUUUCCUAUGACACGGCCGUGGUCACUUAUGAGCAGCAGCUGCAACAGCAGUUGGGACUGAAGGCGCAUGAGCCACAGCAGCCGGAGGCACCGCAGCAACAGCAGCAGCAGCUGCAGCAACCACAGCAGCCGGCACAGCCACCUCUGAGCAAAGGCAAUGGAAACGGUGCCGGUGGCGAUGUGGAGACCAAUGACUGGCAUGCACGCACUCAGGACACAAAUGCCGCCGCCACCGCUGCGCUGACUAAUGUGCUCAAAACUGGUGCCACGGCGCUCGAGCCACCACCGGUGGUGAGCAACAAAUGGAGCAGCGAGAUGAAUGCUGUGAGCGCAGCCAAUGCCAACAACAAUAACAAUGGCGGCAGCGGCAAGCACGAGUGGCAACGCGAUAAUUCCAGCAGUGGUGGCUAUGUGGAGGAGUCCAACAACCAUUGGAACAGCUCGCAGCAGGACAAUGGCAGCAAUGGGCGUCGCAACUCCGGCAACUACCAGCAGCGUCGUAGUGGCGGCGGCGAUGAGCGUCGCGAUGGUGGCGGGCGCGGCGAUGAGCAGCGUGGACGCAACGGUGGCGGCAACUAUCGCACGCGCAAUUACAAUAACUCGUCGGCGCAACAGCAGAAUGGACGUGGUGGUGGUGGCAGUGGCGUCUAUUUUCGCAACAAUGACCCAACGGGAAGCGGUGGAAACUCCUACUAUCAGAAUGGUGGGGGCGGCGGCGGAGGAGGAGGCGUCUAUGGCAACAAGGAGUCCCGAUACGAGGCGUCCGGGGGUGCCGGUGGCGCAUAUCGCGGUCAACGUGGCGGCCAGCAGCGUAAUGGCAACGGACCCUUCGGACGCUCCAUGGGCGAUCGCAGUCGCAACUCCGGUGGCGGCGGAGCCGUAGGUGCCUCAGGCAAUGGUGGUGGCUACAUAAACCCGCGCCAGUCACAUCAGCAGCAGCACCAGCAGCAACGGAUGCCCUUGGGGUUGGAAAACAAAAACUGAGUAAUGUUGAUGCUGACGGCGGCUGCCGCGACUGUAAAGACAGCAGCUAUUUGACCGUGGCACAUGUAUUAAACUCACACACACACACACACACAUAAAAAACACACACUCACACACCAAACUCAUCAUCAACACAACGCAUUUAGUCACCAAACGCAAAAUCACCAACCAACAUACAUGCAUACAUACACCACAUAAUACAUACACACAGACAUACAAUACAUACGUACGUACUUGGAGAGGACACGUAGUUUGUAGUGACAACGUACAAUUAACCGUUAGUCAACAAAUUGAACUCCCAACAAAUAUGCAUAAUGGCAAAGAGCGAGGGAAGCAGAAGUAAAAAGGGGAAUGAGAAAAACGCGGCAUAUAAAGUAAUUACGCAUUUUGAAUACAACUUAUCUUAAUAUGUUUUGCUGUUUCCCUUUUGUAUGAUUUAUUUUAAUUAUAUACAUACAUAUUAAUAAUAAACAAAUAGUUGAUAGACGACAUACAAAUAACAUGCUACAGGAAAGUUCAAAAAGACGAGCCACAAACAAUACCAACACACACCCACUCACACACACACACACACACACACACCCACUCACACACACACACACACACCAGCCAUAAGGAAAAUAACAACAAACAACACUACGCUGAAGGUUUCUAAAACCCCCCAGCGAAGAGAGUAAAAAGAGAGUGCGUGGGCAAACAGCUGCAGUAAGAGAACAAGAGAGGGAGGAUAAGUCGCGCCUAAAAUGCUGCCACUCGUUGACGAGAGAAUAGAAGAGAGGAAAAAAAAAAGAGAUCUUUGUUGGCGGCGUUGGAGUUAAUAAAAUAAAAGUAUUUAUACGUCUUAGCAAUUAAAUUACAACUUUGAAAUAUACAAAUUAUAUUUAAUUAAUUAAUGAAAGAAUUGAAAAUUAAUUAUUAUCUAUAUAUAUAAAAUAUAUUUAUAGUUUGAGCUCUCACACACAUACACACUCACGCUCCUUCUGUUAUGAUCCAAUUCUGUAAUUUAAUAUGUAUAACAAAACAAAGAAGCGCCCGUAAACAUGCCAAUUCUUACACACAGACACACACACACACAUCCAAAACAUAAAGCGCAUAUAGGAAAUAGUUGUAAUGAUUUAAAAAAGAAAGUACAUAAACAAAUUACUAUUAUAAAUGAAACGAGAAUUAUGUAUUUGAAAAACAGUACAUUAAAAAUUAUAUAAGAAGGUA